ACCACCUAUGGUAUCUCGUAUCUUCACUCAUGCCUCCUUGUCAUUCCCUCCGCAAGGCUACAACUAAACUAGGUAGGUUUGGGAUGCAGAUUAUGCCGACGGCAAAAGGCUCAUCAUCUCUCCCAACAUCUCUUCAUCCUCCACUUCUUCUGCUGCUGCUGCUGCUUGUUAUCCGGCCAUCGAAGGUGGUGGCGGACGACGGCAAGAAGCGCACCACGCCUCCCAGCUCCGGUGCUGCUCCUCAACUUCUUUCCGAAGCUCAUUUCAGGGCCGGUGAGCACAGUAAUUCCGGGAACCGCCAUCCUCCCACUCCUCCAAGCCCUGCUGCUGCUGCUAAACUUCCACCCACUCCUCCAAACUCCGCUGCUGAAGGUUCCAGCGCCGAUGGGCAUCGUCGUUGUACGUCCGGCGCCUCCAACACUGGGGAUAAUCCAGACGGCAGAAAGGGGGACGGUGUCUGCCGAGGUGCUGCCUCCCCAUACAAAGGUCCCAAGCAGGAUUGUGAUGCUCCUCCAUGCUAAUAGCACGCCGCGAGAAUUCGAGUAAAGUUUGUGGUUUAACUCUGGGCAACAAAAGAAAUGGACAACUGAUGAUGAUUUUGCACAAGAUAUCAUUGGAAUCGCCCCUCCUCCGGUCUCGACUUGAGAUGAUACUACUAUAUAUCAUUGGAGUCGCGACUCAUGCAACUUUGUAUCGAAUACCAAUAAUAACAAUCCUACAUGUGCAAAAAAGCCACGCCCCUCUACAUAUUGCAUCAAGUAUAUGUA